AUGGAUCAUGAGAUCCUGGAGCAUAUACUUGCUGGAAGAGAGAAGCCAACAAACCUAUCAUUCACACUUUUGAAGAAUAUCACAGAGAACUUCUCGGACGAUCGAGAAAUCGGUAAUGGUGGAUCUGCAACGGUUUAUAAGGGAGUGCUCCCAAAUGGGAACGUUGCGGUAAAGAGGAUAAGGAACAGUCAUUCAAUCAAUGAUGCAUUAUUUUAUCGUGAAGUUGACAGCCUGUUGAACAUUGAACAUAAAAAUGUGGUACGGUUUCUUGGCUUCUGUGCUAACACAUACCAAACAGCCAUCCAAAUCAAAGGGUCGAAACAACAUAUUUAUGCCGAGGUAAGAGAAAGACUACUCUGUUUUGAGUAUAUCAGCAAUGGAAGCCUACAAAAAUAUAUUACUGAUGAAUUAAGGGGACUUGAAUGGAAUACUCGAUAUGGAAUAAUUAGAGGCAUUUGUGAAGGUUUGUAUCAUCUGCACAAGGAAAAGCAGAUCUAUCAUAUGGAUCUAAAACCCGACAAUAUACUCCUAGAUAAUGACAUGGUGCCGAAAAUCACUGAUUUUGGCUUAUCAAGGCUUGAUGAAAAGACCAAAACCAUGAAUGAAUACCGUCCUGGAUCAUUAGGAUAUUGUGCCCCAGAAUACCUACAUCAGGGAAAGAUGUCAUUCAAAUCAGACAUGUACGGUUUGGGUAUGAUAAUUAUUCAACUAGUGACAGGAGAAAAGGUGAUCCGGAAUAAUAAUAAUAACAACUUGAAGCGCAUCCCAGACAAAGUUGGUGUCUUUGUUCUACAUUUAGCCAUCAAAGUACUUAGGAGAUGGAGGCACAGAUGGAAAAAAUCAGGGAAGGAAACACCAUUGGUUUACCAACAAGUAGCAAAAUGCAUCGAAAUUGGGUUACUCUGCCAGGAACAUGACCCGUCCAAACGGCCUUUUAUAUGGGAAAUGAUACAUGAUAUAAGAGAAAUUGAAGGUAUUAAUGGAAAAAUCAGCAAUGCCUAUGAACACUCAUUUGGGCAGGUACGCUCGUAUGCUCCCUGGGCCGUAUUAGUAAGCUUUUCACUACUUAUCCUUGGUUGUUAUCUUCUUUCUUUAUUUCUUACUCCUAGAACACACUCUUCUUCAUGUAUUCUGCUCUUUUCUUGCAGAUAA